UUAUCACUUUUUCUCUCUCUUUGACUCCCUAAAGGCUUUAAAUAAAGGGCACUGCCCAUUCUUCCCUCUCUACUUCCCCAACUCCAUUUGCAUGCUCUCUCUCCUCUCAUCUCCUUCUUUAACAACCCAUAAGCCAAAGAUUCAGAAAUCAUAUACACAUGGCUAGUGUUGAAGCAAGACAUCUCAAUCUUUUAAAUCAACAAAGGAAUUUGAUAAAUUCGAAUGGAUUUGUAUACAAUACCCAGAUGAGUUCAGGACUGUUGCCAAUGCCGGAGAAUUAUUUGCCGAUUCAGAUUCAGCCCAAGACGUCGGUGAAUACUGAGAGUGGUCUUACCUUCAACCUGCCCACAAAUGAUGUAGUCGCUCCAAGGAAACGUUCAAGAGAUUCAUUCACUCCUUCUUUCUCUACCCCUCAGAAACCCUGCAACGGACUCUCUCAAAUUCCAUCGUUUGUCGGUGAUGAUGUUUUGCCACUUGUUCAACAGUAUCAGUUGGAUAUCAAUUCCAUCAUUUCUCACCAUACGAAGAAAAUAAGAUUGGAAUUAGAAGAGCAACAGAAACAUCAAUCGAGAAUGCUGGUAUCAGCAAUUAGCGAAAGAGUAAUGAACAAAAUGAAGGAAAAAGACGAACAAAUACAGAGAAUAGGAAAAAUCAACUUAGUCCUACAAGAAAGAGUAAAAACUCUUUACAUGGAAAACCAACUAUGGAGAGACUUAGCACAAGCCAACGAAGCCACCGCCAAUUCACUCCGCAGCAACUUAGAACAGGUCCUGGCACACGUUACCGAAGAACGCCUCUCCGCCGAGGAAGACGCCGAGUCAUGCUGCGGCAGCAACAACGAAGAGGAUGAUGAAGAAGAAGUGCGCACGUUAGCGGGAGAUGCGCGGGAUAAGAGAAACAGAAUGUGCAGAAGGUGUGGAGAGAGGGAAUCAUGUGUAUUGCUGUUACCGUGCAGACACUUGUGUUUAUGCACAGUUUGUGGGUCAAGUUUACAGGAUGCUUGCCCAGUGUGUAAUUCGAAUAUGAAUGCCACAGUUCAUGUGAACAUGUCUUCUUGAUCCAUCCAUGGAAAUCUUCAACAAUCAAGAUUAGACAAAAUAGAGUUACAGGUUACUGUAAAUUCACUUUUGGUACUAGUAAAUGAAUUGUUCAUUCUUUCUCUAUACAUAAUAUU